AUGGCUUCAGUUUCUAACACUCUCCGGAACGAUGGAGCUCUACCCCCGAGGUACAGUCACCAAACCCCGGCCGCUUACUCGGAUCUGCUGCGGAGACCCAGCUACUGCCACGCUGCUUUUGCAUUGAAACAGAUCUCCAAGGGGAAGGCAGAGGGGCGGCGAGCUCCACUAUGGCUGCGAGCCCAUUUCCAGUCCCUGCUGUUCAGGUUGGGUUGCAGCAUCCAGCGGCACUGUGGCAAGUUCCUCUUCAUCGGGCUUUUGGUUUUUGGAGCUUUUGCUGUUGGCUUGAGAGUUGCCAGCAUUGAGACUGACAUUGAGCAGCUUUGGGUGGAAGUGGGAAGCAGAGUGAGUCAAGAGUUAAUGUACACACGGGACAAACUGGGCGAGGAGACGAUCUUCACGACACAGAUGUUAAUUCAAACCUCAAAGAAAGAAGGGGAAAAUAUCCUAACUCAGGAGGCAUUGCUUCAGCACCUGGUUGCUGCGCUGGCAGCCAGCAAAGUACAGGUCUCACUAUAUGGAAAGUCCUGGGAUUUAAACAAAAUCUGUUACAAAUCUGGAGUGCCUAUCAUUGAGAAUGGGAUGAUUGAACGAAUGAUUGAGAAACUUUUUCCCUGUGUUAUUCUAACUCCCCUGGACUGUUUCUGGGAUGGUGCCAGGCUUCAAGGAGGUUCUGCUUACCUACCAGGAAAACCAGAUAUUCAAUGGAUGAACCUUGACCCUGUGCAGCUCCUGGAUGAACUGGGGCAAUUUACGUCUUUGGAGGGAUUCAGGGAGAUGCUAGAUAAAGCUCAAGUAGGACAUGCUUACAUGGAUAGACCUUGCUUACAACCAGUUGACACUGAGUGCCCUACAACUGCCCGAAACAAAAAAUCACUGGAGGCUCCUAAUAUUCCCACAGAAUUAACUGGAGGCUGCCAUGGAUUCUCAAAGAAAUUUAUGCAUUGGCAAGAGGAGUUGAUUUUGGGCGGUGUGAAGAAAGAUUCUCAGAAUGUACUGCUGAGUGCUGAAGCUCUCCAGACCAUGUAUCUACUGAUGAGCCCAAAGCAACUUUAUGAACAUUUCAAGGAUGAUUAUGAAAUCCAUGAUAUCAACUGGAACCAGGAAAAGGCAACGGCUAUUCUGGAAAGCUGGCAGCGGAAAUUUGUAGAGGUAGUGCACCAGACUGUGCCUCAGAAUUCCUCCCAAAAUAUCCAUGCCUUUUCCACCACCACCCUCAAUGACAUCAUGAAGUCUUUCUCCGAUGUCAGUGGUAUUCGAGUUGCUGGGGGUUACUUGCUAAUGUUGGCCUAUGCCUGUGUGACCAUGCUGAGGUGGGACUGCUCGAAAUCCCAAGGGGCUGUGGGUCUAGCUGGAGUCCUAUUGGUGGCAUUAUCAGUAGCUUCAGGACUUGGGCUGUGUUCACUCCUGGGCAUUUCCUUCAAUGCUGCAACUACCCAGGUAUUACCAUUUCUGGCUCUGGGUAUUGGUGUCGAUGAUAUGUUUCUCCUGGCUCAUGCAUUCACUGAAACUGGACAAAAUAAGAACAUUCCUUUCAAGGACAGGACAGGGGAAUGUUUAAGGCGGACAGGAACCAGUGUUGCCCUCACAUCCAUUAAUAACAUAAUUGCUUUCUUUAUGGCUGCUCUGAUUCCCAUUCCUGCACUCCGUGCUUUUUCCUUACAGGCUGCGAUAGUUGUGGUGUUUAAUUUUGCUAUGGUGCUCCUCAUCUUUCCUGCCAUUUUAAGCCUGGACCUUCAUCGGCGGGAAGAUAAAAGGCUGGAUAUUUUCUGCUGCUUUUCCAGUCUCUGCUCUACAAGAGUGAUUCAAGUCCAGCCACAAGAGUUUGCAGAUGCAAAUGAUAACCAUAAUUUCCAUCCUUCUCCAUAUGGUGGGCCAACAUUUACCCACAGUACGCAGAUCACUACCACAGUCCAGGCCUUCACACAGUGUGAUCCCUCCGGGCAGCACAUUGUCACCAUCAUUUCUCCAACUUCGCGGAUCUCUUCAACUCCUUCCGUUAUCGUGCCCCCAGAUCACAUUGUCUCCCAGGGUAUGGACCCCACUAGUUCAACUAGGGACUUGCUGGCCCAGAUGGAUGAGGCAAAAGCCAGCAGGGACUGUGUUCAGAUGCCCUUCGUAAAAUGGAACCUGGCAGAUUUUGCACGGGACAAGUAUGCUCCACUUCUUCUCAAGACAGAAUCUAAAGUUGUCGUGCUAGUCCUCUUCAUGGCCUUGCUUGGGCUGAGCCUUUAUGGAACUACAAUGGUUCAUGAUGGGCUGUACCUUACAGACAUUGUUCCUCGUGAAACCAAGGAGUAUGAUUUCAUUGCAGCCCAGUUCAAGUAUUUCUCCUUCUAUAACAUGUACAUCGUCUCCAUGGGAGGGUUUGAUUAUCCCACAUCCCAGAAGUUGCUGUACGACCUCCACAAGAGUUUUAACAGUAUUAAAUACAUUGUUCGUGAAGAGAACAAGGAGUUGCCCAAAAUGUGGUUGCAUUACAUUCAAGACUGGCUGAGAGGUUUACAGGCUGCAUUUGACGAAGACUGGCGGACAGGCAAAAUCACCAGGGAGAGUUACCGUAAUGGCUCAGAAGAUGGAGUCCUUGCCUAUAAAUUACUCAUACAAACUGGAAACAAGAAAGAGCCCUUCAACUAUAACCAGUUGACUUCAAGGAAGUUGGUGGAUGAGGAUGGAAUCAUCAAUCCUGACACCUUUUACAUCUAUCUCACAGUGUGGGUCAGCAAUGAUCCACUGGGUUAUGCUGCAUCUCAGGCUAACUUCAACCCUCACCCACCUGAAUGGAUUCAUGACAGAUAUGACACAACUGGAGAGAAUUUGAGGAUUCCUGCUGCUGAGCUUAUCGAGUUUGCCCAGUUCCCUUUCUACCUGAGCGGCCUGCAGCAAACUUCAGAUUUCAUUGAAGCCAUCGAGAGCAUCAGAGCAAUAUGUGAGGAGUUCACAAAGAAGGGGGUGCUCAACUAUCCUAAUGGUUACCCUUUCCUAUUCUGGGAGCAGUACAUCGGCCUAAGGCACUGGUUUCUACUCUCCAUCAGCAUUGUGUUGGCCUGCACAUUCCUGGUGUGCGCUCUUCUCCUGCUCAAUCCUUGGACAGCUGGCAUCAUUGUAUUUAUUCUCGCAAUGAUGACAGUGGAACUCUUUGGAAUUAUGGGACUCAUGGGCAUCAAACUGAGUGCAAUUCCUGUAGUGAUCCUGAUCGCAUCUGUUGGAAUUGGAGUGGAAUUCACUGUCCAUGUAGCUUUGGGUUUCCUGACUGCCAUUGGGAAUAGGAAUUUGCGUUCAGCUGUGGCACUGGAACACAUGUUUACACCAGUAAUAGACGGGGCAAUUUCUACACUACUCGGUGUCCUGAUGUUGGCUGGUUCUGAAUUUGACUUCAUCGUUAGGUAUUUCUUUGCUGUUUUAACCAUAUUAACAGUUUUGGGUAUCCUUAAUGGCUUGGUUCUACUUCCUGUUUUACUAUCAGUCAUUGGACCCCCAGCUGAGGUUACUCCAGCAGAUAGAGGCAGUCGAUUGCCAACCCCUUCACUUGAGCCCAUUCCACCACCCAUGAACCAUCAUGGCUUCUAUGUCCGUUCAUUUCCACGUCAGCAGAGUACGUUUUCUGAGUCCUCUGAUUCAGAAUAUUACUCAGAGACUACAGUGUCUGGGGUCAGCGAAGAGGACCUGCCGCACUUUGACCAGAGUGCAUACAUCAUCCCACCAACCCACUCACAGAUCCUGGUGGAGUCUGGAAACAACCCUAACUUCCCACGAGUCACAAUCGUGAAACCAUACAAAGAGCUUAAGGAUUCUUCAUACCGGAAGAAUCACAUAAACUCAAAAGGACAACCUCAGCCUACUGUGGAUUCUGUUAGUUCUCAACUAGCCUGGCAAGAACCUAAAGACUUAGAACAGGCAGCAGGAGAAGGGAGGCAACAGGUCUCUAACAAUGGACUGCACAACAGGGGCACUGCUCAUCCCAUCCAGCCUGUCAACUCCUCUAGGAGUCAACAAAGGUCUCGGAACAACAGGACUCACCAUCCUAGGACUACACUUCCAGCAUACUCUACCAGUGUGCCUGGACCAAGUAACCCUUUCACUAUGGUGACUGCCACAGCAUCAGUGACACUAGCGGUGCACCCAAAUGUACCACAGACAUUUAAAGGGUACACACAUGAAGGGUUCGAGGACAGUGAGUCAGACUGCUUCGAGGAACCACACAUACCCUCCUCGUAUGUGAAUCAUGAAACAACGACAGACUCCAAAGUGGAGAUUUUUGAACUUCAGGAUGCUGAAUGUGAAGUAAAAAGCAGGGAAGCCCCAAGAAGGCAUUAGGUCGCCUCAAAUGAAUGUGGCAGCCAAAGAAUGCUUACAUUCCCUCCACAUCCCGAUGUCCUCCGGCUCAAGAAACGUGUAAAACUGCCUAUGUACAUAAACUUCAAGACAGAGACGGGAAAUUUAUAUUAAAAUAUU